AUGCCUGGAGGAGGACAGAUGCCAAAGGAACAGCAAACACCCAAGGAAAAGGUGUGUUUGAUAUGCAUUGACGGUUGGGGCGUUUCUCCAAAAAAGGACGCCAAAGGCGACGCGAUUCGCAACGCGGAGACCCCGGUUAUGGAUAAGCUGGAAAGCGACGAUCCGUUUACUACGAUAUCUGCUCACGGUCUCGACGUGGGAUUGCCUGAUGGAUUGAUGGGCAACUCUGAAGUAGGUCACUUGAACAUUGGUGCUGGACGUGUUGUAUAUCAGGAUAUCGUCCGGAUUGACCUUGCGCUCAAAAACAAAGAGUUUGGAGAAAUACCAAACAUCAAAGGUGCAUUUGAACAUGCCAAAGCAAACAAUGGGCGGCUGCACUUUCUUGGCCUAGUAUCUGAUGGCGGUGUUCAUUCGCAUAUCGACCAUUUGAUCGCUUUACUGGAGGCGGCUAAAGAAGCCGGCGUCAAGGAAGCCUAUGUACAGUUCUUUGGCGAUGGUCGCGACACAGCACCCAAAUCAUCCACAAAAUACGUCAAGAAACUACAGCAAGCAAUCGAUAAGCUUUCGUACGGUGAGCUUGCUACGAUUGUCGGACGGUACUACGCCAUGGACCGUGACAAGCGUUGGGAGCGAGUUCAAAUCGCUUUCGAGGGCCUGACAGAAGGAAAAGGCGAGAAAUCGAACGAUGCUAUCAAAACUAUUGAAGAGCGCUAUAGUAAAGAUGAAACCGACGAGUUCCUCAAGCCAAUCAUUUUGUCUGACGAUGGCCGCGUCAAGGACGGCGACACGCUGUUCUUCUUCAACUUUCGCUCGGAUCGGAUGCGCGAGAUCAACCAAGCGUUUGGUAUCUCACCUUGCCCAUUCGAAGCCACUGUGCCCAAGGACUUGGCGAUAUACGACAUGACGCAGUACAAGAGCGACUUCCCAUUCAAGGUUGCAUUUGAGCCGCAGCAGAUGGACAAUGUGCUUGCAGAGUGGCUUUCCAAAAACGGCAUCGCGCAGAUGCAUGUCGCAGAAACAGAAAAGUAUGCGCAUGUCACGUUCUUUUUCAACGGCGGCUCCGAGGCCCAGUUCGAUAAAGAAGACAGAGCGUUGCUUCCAUCACCCAAGGUUGCUACCUAUGAUCUUGAGCCUGAAAUGAGCUCGCAUGCUGUUGCGGAGCGUAUGGUCGAGGCGAUCAAAGCUGACAAGUACCCAUUUGUGAUGUGUAACUUUGCGCCACCCGACAUGGUGGGACACACCGGCAAAUACGAGGCAGCAGUAAAAGCAGUUGGCGCGACAGACAAAGGCAUCGGGCUCAUUCGAGAUGCGUGCAAGGAGCAUGGCUACGUCUUGCUUAUCACGGCUGACCACGGUAACGCGGAGAAAAUGCUGUCUGAUGAUGGCAAGAGUCCUCAUACUGCCCACACGACAGCAAACGUGCCUUUUGUUGUUGUUUCCGACAAAUACAAAUUCUUAGAGAAUGCAAAGGGUUGUCUAGCAGAUGUUGCACCUACAAUCCUUCAUAUCAUGGGAUUGGAUGUGCCAAAGGAGAUGACGGGUCAUAAUCUUAUCGAUGAACAUAGUAUUUGA